UAGCGAUACUGAUCGGAAACUUUGGUGACAUGAAAAGAACUUGUUGGUGUCAGAGCUGGACGUUACGGAGCGACACUCUGCGCCUGUUUAUGUGAACUUUUAAUGUUUAUAAUGACAAAAGUUUUAGGUUUUAUUUUAGUGAUGAAUUCACUCCUCUGCUGCGGACAUGCUGAAGACGCAAACCUGAUUAUUGAUCCCAACUGGUCGACUUUUCAUCCUGGAGAGAGCGUGACGUUCAUUUGUGUCAUGAGUGAAGGAGAAGAGACCGACUGGCAAUAUGAGCUUAGAAGAAAUGGAAAACAAUUUAUUCAAUACAAUACGCACAAAAGCUACACAUUACAAGGUAUCCAAAUCGAUCAGAGUGGUGAAUACCAGUGCUGUGGACUCAGGAAGACCUCUGGUGGUACCGACUGCAGUGAUACUGUCUCUUUAACUGUUACUGCUCAACCCAAAGCCAAACUGACUGCAGGUUCAACAACCAUACCAGUAGGGGGCAGUGUGACACUGAGCUGCUCAGUGGAGCCCUCUACUGGAUGGAAAUACAGAUGGUUAAGAAAGACCCAAAACACACCUGAAGUUGAACUCACUGAAGAAGGAAACAGAGAUAUUAAAGUAACACAAGGAGGAAUAUACCGAUGUAUUGGAAAGAGAGAAAAUGGAGACUAUCCCAGUGUUGUAAGUGACGAAGUGAGCUUCAAUAUAACCUUUUCCAAUGAGGUUUUUGUGACUCGACGACCAAACCGGCCUCAGAUCUUCAGUGGUGAGUCGAUAUUUCUGACAUGUGAGGUCCAGGGAGGAGAAACCACUGAGUGGACGUGUGACUGGAAGAGAUCUGGGAAACCUGUAAAAGUGGGAAAUGAUAAACACCUGACUGUCAGUGAUGAGUCCAGCAGUGGAGACUACAUGUGUCGGUGUAGACGCAGAGACGACUGGUAUUCUGAGACAAAGUGGAGUGAAAAGAUCCCAGUGUCUGUGUCAGUAUCAGUGUCCACUCCUGUCCACUCUUCAUCUGUCGUCCCUAUGAUCAUCGGACCUGUUGGUGGGAUCCUCCUGGUUCUUCUUCUGGUGUUACUGUGGUACUACAGGCGGUCCAACGAUUUUCGCUGCCCCGGGUGGAAACUGUCAAAAAUCAGCUGCGGAGUAAAUAAUGGAUUAAACAAGAAUGACACUGAUGAGAGCAGCUCUCCUCUGCAUGGCGGAGAUCAUAUCUACGAGUCGGUCAACUUCUCAGACUCCAGUGGAAAAGUGGCAGAUAAACCCGGGGAUGCAACCUACUCUCUCAUUGAACCGAAAAACUUUGGGGGAAAGAGUACUCCAAAUAAACCAGUAGAGGGCGCUGUUUACUAUCGUCUGGAGUCAGAAAUGAAAGGCAGGGGGCGCCCUGGAGCAAAAGAAGAGGCUGUUUAUUCUGAAAUCGACUCGGGACCAGAGAACAAUAACACCAUCUAGGUGUAGUUCGGUCUACAGCUUCUAACUCAUGUCAUAUUUGUAGGAUCCAUUGUAAAAAGCCAAAUAUUAACCUUUCAUAAAACUGAUUUUAGCUGUUGCUUUGUGCGCGUUUAAAAUAAUCCCUCUCAACACUUCCAGUUUUUUAUUAUGCUGGCAGUUCUGCUUUACUUUGCUUUAAUAUACAGAGUGUGUGUAUUAAUAACACACUCUAUAAAAAUAAAUGCUUCCUUUUUGCCAUUCUGACAUUAAAUCAAACAAAACUUUUCCUGUUUUGAGUUAAUUAAAAUUACUCAAAUUAUUUUGAAUUUCUCAACAGUACAAUGGUAAAUACGGGGGGAUAUGUAAAAAUACUUUUUUCCUUUAAAUUCAAAAGUUUUUUGUUUUUUUGUAUUUGGAAGAAAUGUCCUUUUAAGGCUGAUGUAAUGGGUUGAGAAUCAGUUAAUUAAUACAACCCUAUUUUUGAUUCAGAAUUAAUCCUGUCUUUGGUCUUCGUUUUUUUCUUUUUUUUCUUAUGUAUAUGGACGAGUUUGUUGUGUGCAUGUAUCUUCUUGCCAGUGGGGGGCGCUCUCUUACCACCACAACACAGUGACGUAAUUCAGGUAUUCAUUAAAUAGUAGGUAGUGUUUCCUAAUGGUCUUUAUUGUUGUACUGCAGCACAAACAAAUGAGAAAAAUAAAGAAUUUAACAUUUGUUGUAAA